AUUUUUAUUUUUAUUUUUAUUGUUAUGCGAGACUCGAAAGUUUCUCCAAAGCUGGUAGUAUCUGUAGCAGCGAAACGUGCUACUGCCACAGAUCAUAGUAACACUUCACUCGUCUCGGCUUCACUGAUACAGCAAUCCUUUUUUUUAAAAAAAAAAGCAGGAGCACUACUAAAUUAUAUAAAAAGGAAGCAGAAGAAGUCUUACAGCAGAUAGUGUAAUCUUUUUACUGAUACAGUAAUCUUUUGACACUGUUGUCCCAUAAUAACUGAACAAAGGAAUCAGUAUACGAGCAACCGAACAUAAUGGUGUGAUCACAGAUCACUAAUCAGCUCGCAACACGACAGAGGAGACAAAUCUUGUUCACUUCUUCACUCCACCUGCUGUCUGCUUUUACCGCUGUCCAAGAUGAGGUAAACGCUCUGCCCUUGUGAACCUACCGUGGUGACCCUCCUCACAGUGACCUAGGUCUAGGAACGCCUGGUCCACGAGAAAUUGCUGUAUUCGACUCGAUUUAGUGGUGUACUCUCAGAAAAACUUUCUGCUGUAUACGUAGUCACUCCGGUCACCCUCGUCAGACACACACACACUACUCUCGUUAACAUCGAGAAGAGGGGGGCCAGCUUCACCUCGGAAGCUCAGCCUCGCAGGAUGCAACAAGAACAUGGCCAAGCUUCAAUGGUUGAGAAGGGGUGUGACAGCUGCAGGAAGUGGCAAGAGCACUACUACUGGGAGCACAUGGAUGUGAGCAAGAUCCGCUUCUUCAAGCUCAUGACCGGAGAUUUUGCCAAGGGCACUAGCAUACCAGAGAAGUUUGCACAGAAUUUCAAGGGGCAGAUUACUGGAGGGUUUGAACUGAAAGCGCCGAGUGGCAAAACAUGGCACAUCAGUGUAGAUAAGCGUGGAGAUGAACUGUUCCUCAUGUCAGGAUGGGAGGAUUUUGUUAAGGCUCAUGAACUACAGGAGAAUGAUCUCCUGCUCUUCACAUGCUGUGGCAACUCUUCCUUUCAGGUGCUAGUCUUCGAAGCAAGUGGUUGUGAGAGAGUGUCUUCUAUGUUUGGCGACCGAAUUUGUCCUGAUAUGUGCAAACAUGUCAAGAAUAUCGCGGGUCAACAUGGUAAGCAUUGCUCUGUGAAUGAUUCUGAGGACACUACGAUACCGUCACAGCUGGUUAGAUCCCCUCACAACGCCUCUUCUUCGAAGAAAUUAAGUGGGAAGACUAAACCAAGUGAAUAUGAAGCUCCAACCACAAGCAACUUCAUGGUCAAGCAUUCUGCAAACAGUGAUGAUAGUAGUGAUGAUGAAUUUGCCAACUCUAACUGCUACUACUCCAUGUCUGCCAAUCGACUAAGAGAUGAGGAGAAGGAGGAGAUAAUAGGUUUGGCUUCCAUCCAACGGAACAAUCCUGCUUUUGUGACUGUUCUGAAGAAAAAGCAUGUUCAACGCAACAACUCUCUGAUUAUCCCCUGUAGAUUUGCUGCUGAUCAUCUAGAGGAAAGAUCACACGAUAUCAUACUUCGUAGGCCAAACAGGAAAGAUAAGUGGCUCAUACGCUACUACUACUCGGGCUACGUACGAUGCUUCCAAAACUUGGCGUUUUUCAAGUUUGUGCGCGACAACAAGCUCCGGGAGGGUGACAUCUGCGUCUUCGAGCUGAUGAAAGGCAAAAUGAGGGCGACAAUGACCGUCCAUGUCAUUAGAAAGGCCAGUGGCCAGUUUAUUCUGGUGGGAUAAGUUGCCUUGAAUCCUCCCAAGAGUUGACAUGUAGGAUGUGCACUUGUACUGGUCAAGUUUCUGCAGUAUGUACUAUCCCAAGAGUAGCACUGGAAACUUAAACCGGAAGUGCCUAGCAAUAUGCCUUGCUUUGUAGCCAGUGCACUUCUGUAUCCUGUAAGUUAACUUCUUGCUGCAGCAGUAUGGCUGCUAGAAGCCUAGAACAAGGUGUGACCUGUGUAAUGUAAAUGUUUCUAAGCAAAUGGUGCCCUAGGUGUUGGCUUGUGCUUU